CCUACAGGAAAACACGAAGAAGGCGAAGGUCAGUAAUUAAACAUGGCAGCCCGCAGUAUGUUGACCUGGACCUCUUUUGCGGGCUUGAAAUUAGGUGCCACAGGCAGCAAUGUGAUUUUCCAACAGGGGACAAAUAUUCCCCAGCUAUCGGCUGUAACCAUCCAGAGCCGAGGCCUCCGUCAAGUGGUGGAGAAGCAGGAGGGUAAAACCACAAUAAUUGAGGGACACAUACUGAACACUCCAGAGGCUCCAGAGCCUCCUAACCCUGAAGCCAAAUGUCCGAUCUACAGAUGGAACUUGCAGCACAAAUACAACUACACGGAUGUCCUGCUGCUCAGUCAGUUCAUCAGGCCGAACGGAGGCUUGUUGCCCAGGAGAAUCACCGGCCUCUGUCUGGAGGAACAUCGCAAGAUCGCCAUCUGUGUUCAGAUGGCUCACAGAGCAGGUCUGCUUCCUGACCACAAACCAGAACCUCCAGCGAACCAGCUCAUUAAGAAGCCCAAGCAACAACUGAACAGAUACCUGACUUGCUGGUCCACUGACUCAGUGAAACCCAUUUAUAAAACUGGACUAAAGUGGUGUAAAAGGCGCAUGGCUGUCGGCAGCCCAUUACUCAAGUACAACGUGUGUUACGGUGUCAAGCACAUGAAUAUCAAACACUGAAGGACAGGAAGCCUGACUAAUCCGUGCAGCAACUGGACGAAAGUGGGCGGGAGUUCCAAUUAGAUCUUGCCUUGGGAAUAAGGCCUAAAAGCUUCAUCCAUCUGUAUUUAUUCUACUUUUUUGUUUGUUAAGCUGCGUCACUCGAAUGAAGUGUCCUCAGCCUGACCCAGAACCAUCUUUUCUGUUUCUGCUGGUUCGAAAAUGCCCUCGAAGUGAACUCUCCGACAACUUUAUGUGAACAACAACUGGGUCAGUGUCACAGCUUCAAAGUAGGUGGUAUUCUCACUGUGUAUACUCAUGUGCAAAUAAAAUGUGUGCGAUUAC